AUGUCAGCAGCUGUAAUUGCCGGAUGGAAUCCUUCCAUCUCUGAGCUCACGUUCUCAAAAGCGUUUCUGGUACUUCUCAAGAACUCCUCUGUGGGUGUAUCUGCGGAUACUACUAGUCUUGCGGGAGCACCAUCACCUACUCUUUUGUCCAAGAUGCCCAAACUUCGUUCUUCCAUCACACAGCCUCCCUCCAGUUCCUCGUUGCCAGUUUCUGUUGACGGUGCCGUCACCAUAACUGUCAAAUCUUUACGCGCACCACACAAGUUUACUGCAACUGUGACGGCGGCACCCACAGACUCUCUGUUCCGCGUCAAGGAACAAUUACUUGCUGAUCCCGCAGUGGCUGCGACUGCAGUUGAUGCACGGGUGUGUGCUGCAGAUGUGCGGUUACUGAAGCGAGGCAAGGUUGUUUCUGAUGCUCAUAGUGUAGGAGAGGUAAGUGAAGGUUUGGGAGAGGUUUCGCUUGUUGCAGUGUUACCUGCUGAGGGCACAGCUGAGCUAAAAGAGAAAGAAGAAGAACAAGAAGAACAAGUUAAGGGAGAGGAAGAAAAGGGAGAAGAUAUAAAGGAAAAUGAAAAGGUGGGGACGGGAGAUGAUGACAACCUGCCGGAAACUGUGUGGGAAGCAGUUGCAAGCGUUGUUGCAUCUAGGGUCGGUGCAGGAAAAGCAGGCGAGGUUGUUGCACGGCUCAAGCGUGGAUGGGUUUUAGCAGGCGGUGAGCCAAUUCAUGAAGAUCUUGAUUGA